GCGAGCGGUGUGUGUCAAUUUCAUAUCAUUCCUGUGCCGUGUCCAAUCGCGCCCUUACAGCACAGUGAUGUUCUCUUUGCUCGUUUUGCUCUUUCUUGGCGAAUGUUCGGCUACCGCCGAUUUCAAUUAUAGCAUUUUACUUCAACCGUCAUUUAAAGAAUCACAACCUUGCUAUGAACUUCCUAGUACUUGUAAUACUAACAGCACCGAUACUGAAGAUUAUUGUCCGCUGCACAACGGGACAAGUUGGACCCUGGAAGUUGCCAUCAUCCUUCCAAACGAUCCUUUUUAUAUUAUCAAUACAAACAGGGCAAUGGAAACUUUGAAAGAAGCUGAAAACAAGAGCAUCCAAGCUGGCAUGCUUCCCGCAGAAGUAAUUGUUAAUUACAAUUCAUUCAACGACGAUUGCAAUCAAGGCAAAGCCACAGGAAGUGUUGUUCAUGCUAAGAAAAAAUGCCUGCACGCUCUGUUCGGACCAUCCUGCGAUUACUGCGUCGCUACGGUCGGCAGGACGGCCAAAUACAUUAACACAAUAGUCAUGACGCCAACGGGCUUGAGUUUUGAUUUCACCCUGCCCAAGACCAAAUUCGACGAUGAAAUGUACUUUCUGAUGAAUCCGGGAAAGGCGGAUUUUCGAACGUUCUCGGAGUUCAUCCAUUUGAUACUCGAUAGGUACAAAUGGAAGAAGCUGGUCGUCAUGUACGAGAAAAACGAUCAAAACGCGGUCGGCGGCGAGAAGACUUGUUACCUGGCCAUGGCAAAUUUAAUCAACGAAUUGAGCAUCGAUUAUGUCGACGGCGAUUUGGAAAAAUUGGGACUCGAUUACACCGAAUUUUUCCGAACCAAAGUCGGAGUAAACUACGGAAUAAUCAUCACUUGCGCGAGCCACGAGCGCAUCCGACAAAUAGUCAUGGCGGCGGCUAAAUUGAAAAUGAUGGACAGAGGAGAAUACACAUUCUUCAAUCUAGAACUCUAUAAUAACGCGCCCAUUCCUUCUAAACCUUGGAUCAUGCCCAACGAUACGAACGAGAACAACGAGCUGGCCAAAACUGGAUAUAAAGGAGUCUACACGUUCCUCCCGCUGCCCGAAACAAACUUCGAAACCGUACAAAACCAAAGCACGCCCGGCCAAAUGUGGCUGGACGGAAUUUACGACGGCUGGUUGAUGUUCAUACAAGCCCUGAACAAUUACACCAACAAUUUCACCACCAACAAGAAUCUCUUCGGCUGCCAGUUGCUCUACGAUAUGAUGGGCAGGUCUUACACAGAUAAAUACGACAAACAAUUCCAAAUGAAUUGCAACGGAUUGAGAGUGCGGGACGUCGGCCUGGUCCACAUCAACUCCCGCGACGAAUACGAAGUAAUGGCCGUGUAUUCCACGUCUAAUAAAAAAAUACAUAAAUGGAACGUAACGUGGACGUUAGGCGAGCCAACGGACACGCCGAAAUGCGGAUUCGAUCUGUCGAAGUGUCCCACUUACGAUCUCGUGAAAAUUCUCGUGGUCGCGCUCUUCGUGGUGGUACUCCUGGCGCUGCUGGUCGUCGGGUACUUAUUUUACAGGCACAUCAAAGUGCGACGAGAAAUCGAAGCGAAAGUGUGGAAAAUCAGCCACGAAGAUAUCAUGUUUCCGCCUAGCAAACCUCGAGCGAGUUACUCGUCUUUCUGCAUCAAGACAGAGGUGGAUGGAUUCAGCUUGGUCGGCGACAGGCAUCAUUCGUACGCCAUUACUGGCCUGUACAAAGGCAACAUGGUGGCCGUGAAAUAUUACCAGGACCUCAAAAUCGAAUUGAACCGCACCAAUCUGUACGAGCUGAAAGCCAUGAAGGACUUAUCGAACGAUAAUUUAGUGAAAUUCUACGGUGCUUGCUUCGACAUCCCCAAUUGCGUCCUGAACGAGUACUGCUCGAGGGGCAGCCUGCAGGACACUUUGGAGAACGACGACGUCAAGCUGGAUUGGAUGUUCAGGAUCUCCCUAAUUAUGGAUUUGGUGCGUGGGAUGCACUACCUGCACCGGAGCCCCAUAAAAUACCACGGCGCAUUGAAGUCUUCGAAUUGUUUGGUUGAUUCGCGAUUCAAACUGAAAAUAGCGGAUUUCGGAUUGCAAUUUCUCAGGCCUUUCAAUGUUUCGCAGGAAGUUAGAGACGACUCCCACGAGUAUUGGCAAAGGCUUUUGUGGACCGCUCCGGAACUUCUUAAGGAUAAAUCUGCUCCUGCGACGAAAGGCUCCCAAAACGCCGAUCUACUGACAGUGGCUGCUCUAGGCUCGCAGAAGGGCGAUGUUUAUUCCUUCGGCAUUAUCCUCAAUGAAAUUAUAAUGAGAAAAGGCGUUUUUUAUUUGGGCGAAGACUGCAAUAUGAACCCGAAAGAAAUCGUGGAAGCGGUCAAGAAGGGCUCCGAGGAGACCGGCAAAGCGCUGAGACCCAUCCUGGGCCCGGACGGUCUCUGCGAAGAUGACGAAGUCGAGAAUUUGAUGAGAAGAUGCUGGGCCGAGGACUCCAUAGAUCGCCCUGACUUCGCAACGCUUAAGAACAAAUUGCACCAGCUCAACAAAAAGGAAAACGACGGGAACCUGCUGGACAACCUCCUGGCUCGCAUGGAGCAAUACGCCAACAACUUGGAGACCCUGGUGGAGGAGCGCACCAACGACUACUUGGAGGAGAAGAAGAAAUGCGAAGAGGUCCUCUACCAGCUGCUGCCGAAGAGCGUGGCCGAGCAGUUGAUCAGCGGCAAGUCCGUGAUGGCCGAGUUCUUCGACUCCGUCACCAUCUACUUCAGCGACAUCGUCGGCUUCACGGAGCUGUCCGCCCAGAGCACCCCGCUGGAGGUGGUGGAUUUGCUCAACGAUCUCUACACCUGCUUCGAUUCCAUCAUCGGCAAUUUCGACGUUUACAAGGUAGAGACAAUCGGAGAUGCCUACAUGGUCGUAUCCGGCCUGCCGAAAAGGAAUGGAAAUUGUCAUGCCCGCGAAAUAGCCCGGAUGUCUCUGGCCCUGCUGAACGACGUCAAGAAAUUCCAGAUUCGCCACAAGCCGAACGAGCCGCUCCGGCUCAGAAUCGGCCUGCACACAGGGCCCUGCGUAGCCGGCGUUGUGGGAUUGAAAAUGCCUCGCUACUGUCUUUUCGGCGAUACUGUAAACACAGCGUCCCGCAUGGAAUCCAACGGGGAAUCUCUGAGGAUACAUAUUAGCAGCGUUACUAAGGAGAUCCUGGAGACGUUUGGUACUUUCGAACUGGAGCACAGGGGCGAAAUUGAAAUAAAGGGCAAAGGAAAAAUGACCACGUACUGGCUGAAGAGGGAGCGAGUCGUGAAAAUGAACACCCCGGCAGGUCCGGUUCCGGCCCUAGAAAACCAGCACACGAAAUUCCCAACGACUCCGGUCCCUCAAAACGCGCGAAGGGAAAUGGCCAACAAGGCCAUCAGCUCUUCGACCUCCCGUUUGGCAGAUAAGAACGCUGAUGAUGCCGGCGUUCCGCUAUUAGCUGUCACCCCGUCGCCGGAUUCACACGCUUAAACUUGUACCCCCGUUGUACUCCUCUAUGUAUGGUAUUUGGUAUUGACCCCCUCCCUAUAUUCUAAAGGUAAGCCAUGUAUGUGUACAUUAUAAGAAUUUACAGAUGUGGCAACCAUUAUAGUUGCGUUCGGCGCAAAAAUCCGGUCGAUUUCCUCAAAGUGCUGUUUAAUUUUAACAUGUACGUAUGAUAUGAUAUGGGUAUGUAAUGAAAUUAUACGCCGGAUUGAUUUUUAAUUAGGCUUAUUCGGAAAAUAUGAUGGUUGUGAUGGAAACCAAUGCGUUUUAUGAUGUAAUCAAACAAACAUACCGUUGAUCUCAAUAUUUUGUUUUUUUUUUAUUAUUAUAGACUGGUAUAUUAAGGUAGUACCGAACGUAACAAUAUAUGUACUUAUUUAACUUAGGUAAUUAUGUAUUUUAUCGAUCCACCAAAGACAACCUUGUAUGUUUCGUGUUACUUAUGGCCUAGGUUCCCGAAUACCCCCCGUGCAGCCGCUUUAAGUGUUUAAAAACGGAAUUUUUCAAAUAUCAAUCUCACAAAGGUGUUAUCAUACCAACUUUUAAAAUAAAAUACAAUUUUACUCCUACGCAGUUUCGGUACGAGUAAUUCUAAAUACUUUUACCAUAUCAUGUUUUAUUUACCGAACAAACACAAGCAUAAACACCUUUGGGGAAAUGAUAUGAACUUUCCAUUAUAUUGGAAAAUGUAUGUGGAAGUCCUUUCCCAUUGUCGACAAAAAGUUUGCUUAGUAGAAAAAUAUGUGUAGAGAAAAUAUAUGUGUUAUAACUCGACUCUAAAGGAGGCAUAUAAAAUUGUUCACUCGUUGUUUUCGUUAUUUAAUAAGAGGCUAGUUGAAAGCUAAUCAGCGCUACUCGAAAGUAACUUACAGUUAUUUGGAAGUAUUCGAAUUAGGUAACAAAUAAUCCGGCGCUGUCGGUAUUUGUAAAGUUUGCGAAGUUUCAAAAUUACGAGUUGAUAAACCAACUAAGUGUAUAAGAAGUCGGAUAACACUGCCAAGUCGCAGAGUGCAAGAAGACAUAUCGGAACUAAAGGUAAAAAGAAAUACACGUUAUCGCAGGAGUUUCGACGGAAAUAAAAAAAUUCCAACUUCACGGAUAUUAUUAAGUGCACGUUCUACAGAUCGACAUGGAUAGUUGAAAAUGCUACGUGUUACAAAAAUAGUUCGAAUAUUUCAAAUUACAAGAUAACAAUGCUUGGUAAAAGGUAAAAAUACAAACAUUUUCAACUGCUCCUCUGAAAAAUAUUCCGUAAAUCUUAUUUUCUCUAUCGCUUCUAUGUUUUUAUUCGAUUUGCGCCCUCAUUUUAUCUGACGCGAUUGAUUUUUUUCCCACAAAUCAACUACUGACCAUUAAUGAGGACCAGUAUUAACAACAUAAAAUUAGGAACUCAGGGUAAUGCGUAUUCUAAAGUAUUGAACCUCAGAUAGGAUAGUCACUUAGGUGCAGUAUGACUGAUUUUUAUUGAAAUACCUUUUAUUCAUUAGAAAAGGGGAGAAAGUGGUCACAUGCAGGAAUUAGCAAAGCUGUUUUUAUAAAAAAGGAUUUUUACAAUGUUCCUAACUACUGUCGAGUAAGGAAAAACAAUAUUCACAGAUUAUAAGAUUAUCAACGCUGCUUUUAAGUGAAAAAAAAAAAAAUAAUACAACACCUAUUGACCUACUUUUGCGCUUAAACUGCCACUGGGUUUAUUAAAUUUUUUAUCACAAUAUCGUAAUACAAAAGUUGAAAAAGUUGGUUAUGCUAAAUCCUGCAUGAAUUUUCGUGAAAAGAUUAUUUUGACUGUAAGCGCACCUUUGGAAGGCUUAUUCUUGUGAUGGCUUCUAGAGCAGGAUUAUUUUUUUUUGGCGGAGCCCAACAUUCCAAAGUACGAUGUGAUUUUUGUUAGUUACAGAAUGGACUGUGUAUUUAUCGACUUAAUAAAAUAUUUAAUCAUCAGCAUAUUCCUUAAAAGGAUGAUGGAAGAGGUACAUAUGUAUUAUUUUUUGUAAGGUAGAUAAGUACACGUUUAGGAUCUCAUUUAUAUGUUUUCGUUAUUAUUAAUAUACAGGAUGUCUGAGGAGACUAAUGCAUUCCUUUACAUCAGCAAGUCUGGUAAGUACUUCAGUUUUUACAGUUGUUAAAUAAUUUAAAAAAUUCAAAAACUAAUAAUGCUGGAUAUUAGAGUAAAAACGUCAAAAAAUUGUAUUCGCAAAAUUUACCCUAAAAAUAUAAUAAAGAAAUACAUUAUUUACUUCGAUGUUCUGUAUAUUUAAAAUAUCUUGUUAAUAAAAAUCAACAAACAUCAAGAGUACAAAUAACUUUUAGCAUAAAAUGUUAAAUAUGCACAGUCCAGCUUCGGGUCGCCCCGUUAGCAUAAAAUUUUCAAUUCUAUUAAUUCGGGUUAUUUAUUUAUCCACCACACUACCGUUCGAAUGGAUUUGCGAGUACAAAGGAAUAUUUUUUUAUAUUAAUAAAAUUCUGAAAUGUGUAUUAAACAAAUACAGAUACCGCUGACAAUAGUAACAAACUCAUAAAACGCGGGGUGAAAAUGAACGCAGUCAAAAAUUAUUUAAUUCAUGAAUGCUUUUGGACAGUGGUGUAGAUAUUAUCGUUGUUGUUAAAAUUCACUAAUUUUAGUUGGAAAUAGUGUGAACUUUUUUAACUGCCGUGUAAUUUCCUAUGUGGCGCUUAUAAGAUAUUUUAGAUCGGGUCACUAGAUCUUAUAGUAGCCGGUUUAUUUGGAUGAUCGAGCAGAAAUUGGCAGAUAUGACAUUUGUAAAUGUCACAUUUAGUACAACAAAUUGACAGAUAUGACAUUUGUAUAUGUCGUAUUUAGAACAAAUUAAAGUGUUUUGAAAAAUUAAAUAACGAAAUUUAAGGUAAUUAUUAUAUAUAUUUCAAUUAAUUUUAUGUGAUAACGUUCAUCUUACUUUGUAAAUAUUCAAUUUUAGUAAAAGUUUGCGUAGCUCUCCAAAAGAGCAGGCUACUAUGAUCUAAGGUAGCCUAUUUUAGAUAGUGUAUUUAUUUGAUUAAUGUUUUAUGCAAUGUUGUCAAAUGAGAGUUUAUGACUGUUGAGAAAGAUGUUACCCGUUAUUUAUUGUUUACAUACGUAUGAUGAAUUUAAUUUAAUUAACGAAGGUUGAACGAAACUGUUCAAAAUAACAGCAGCUAAAAUCAAAACGUUUCAUUCUCGGAUGCAAUUCGAUAGGUAAUCGAAUAAAAUUUAAUGAAAGUAUGAAUUUAUCGGAAAUAAUUUUGAACAUUUUUGUUGCCGCAAUUCCGAGCACAUAAUUGGAGCUUAUUCGUUUAAGUACCAGGCUUAAAUAUAGAUAUUUCCAGUAGAAGUAUUAAGUGUAUUCAUGGAUGUUUAAAUAGUACUCUGACGCUGGUAAUUUUCAUUACAAUUUCUUUGUAUUUCCUAUAAUUACAUUCAACUUUUCCUUCUGCUGCCAAACAAAAAUUCUUCCAAUAAAACUGGGACACCUUGUAUAAAAUACUUCAAAAUGCAAUGUGUGAUACGCGUAUACAACUUCUUAGAUAUCGCACUGAUUGCACAAUAAAUUGUUACAGGGUAUUUUAAACAUAAUCGUACUAUACGAGCUAUACUAUCAUACACUGUAUAUUGAAAAUUUUAAUAAAAAUUACAAUAAAAAUAACUCCGUUCCGUACGGACACGAACGAACGUGUUAAAUUGCUCGCGUUUAAUCAAGGGGGUUUUACAAUAAUCACCGGCCUAACAAAACUAAUGAGCACUAACGAAUAGCCCUGGAAAUUCCAGCUAUUGCUAAAGGUACCUAAACGAAAAUUUCCCAAGAAACCAACAGCGAGUUCGACGUACAGGGACGUCGUGAUGAGACUUUUUUUCUCCAUAGAAACGUGGUUACUAAGAAAAAUAAUUAAUGGAUCCCUUUAAAUAUAAGAGGCUAAAAGGAGCAUAAUAUCCCAUGCUUCAUAAAGACCGUCUUAAUUAGUCACUCCUUAAUGUCUCUACGGGUUUUUAUAAGCAAAUCUGCAUAAAUAUUCUCAUUUCGAAUUAAAAAAUCUCAUGUCUUUAAUUAACUUUUUGAAUUCAACAUACACCAAUGUUAUAUCAAAUUAAAUAUGCAUUAAAUAAAAUGGAGUAUUAAACAUUUACCAGUGGUUGCAUAACUAACGAGAUCAAAAUAUUACAGGCACAUCAAAAACAGGUGGCGGAAAUUUGAUUAACAAUUUGCGGUGUUUCUCGAAGCGUAAAAUACGUUGCAUAAAUAUUUAUAUUAUAAACAAUUAAGGCGAUAGAUAAAUGGAUUCGACAAGGAAAAUUCGCCCCUGUGAUUGUUCGACCGUUGGCCCUUUUGAAACGAGUCGGCUAGAAAGCUCUAAUGUUUAGCCAAAAAAAAUUAUAUCUUUCAGGUCAGAACUUUGUACGCCAGUUGAUCUUAAACCGGGAUGAGCUGGCUCGUUUUAAAUAUUUUAUGGUACGGCAAAUCCGACAUUCGAGUAACAAAGGAAACGGAGCGAGGCGGGUCGAGAUUUAGUUUGUGAAGUCGCGAAGAGAUUGAAAAGUUCUAUUGGCGUUUUAGUUUAAUAUCACAGAUACAAGGUGUCUCGAAAAAGCAUUUACGAUUAAAAUUUGAAUUGAAACAAAAUUUACGCAGCGGCAGUACCUACUUGAAUAUUGGUACAAACCCAUCAUAGAAUACUAUUUUUGAAACUAAAUCAGUCCUAUUGAUAAUUUUUUUAGAUAUUUUAUUCACGUAUGUUUUAUUGACUAUAUUUAAGUUAUUUAUUUUAUCCUACUUUUUGACAAACUGAUGUAAUGAAUAAUAAAUAUAUAA